AUGGAAAAAUCUCACGAUCCCCCAGAAACAGUCUCGCCUGAGACACAGCAUAGGCGACAUGAUCCAGAAAGGCUACGGGAUUACGACCCUCCUGGCUCUUACCGACAUGCCGACGAUACUCAAUCGCCACUUGAUCGACCAACCGCCCCGAGUGAGGUAGCGCUUCCACCUGGGCAUGGGCAUAAAUCUGAACGGCAUAUAUCACGUUCUAGACGAGCUUCAACAGCUUCUCGUCCUGAUUACGAUGUGCCGGACACAUAUGCUAGCCUUGGGGAGGUAGCAGAUCCCGCACCCGUCCAGAACCCCUACGAGGAAACUAUCCACCGCCAUCGAAGCCUCGAGCAAACCCGGAGUCAGGAGCAGGAAUUUUCCAGAGAACAAGCACGCCAGCGCCGAGAGCCACUUAGCAAGGACCGGAAAUCAGAACUAGAGGAGUCGAGACCCUCCCGGGAUAAUGUCUCGCGCCUCCUCACCCAGUUCUACACGGUUUCCUACCUUGUCUUAUUCUCCAUCCUCGGCACCCUCGCUCGCCUGGGAUUACAAGCACUCACCAACUACCCCGGCACGCCGGUCAUAUUCCCCUCCGUAUGGCCCAACUUCGCUGGCAGUUUGGUCAUGGGCUUCCUCGCGGAAGACCGCAUGCUCUUCCGCGAGACCCAACCAUCAAGCCCAGUCUCCGAUGAAGAAGAAACGGCCUCGGCCGUUAAACGCGCCCAUGCCGCGCACAAAAAAACCAUACCCCUCUACAUCGGGCUCGCGACCGGCUUUUGUGGCUCACUAACCUCCUUCUCUGCCUUCAUCCGCGAUACCUUUCUGGCCUUGUCCAACGACCUGUCCCCGUCUCAACCACGCAACGGCGGCCACACCUUCUUAGCGUUACUCGCCGUCCCACUGACAACACUCGCCCUCUCCUUAGCGGGCCUCUUUGCCGGCGCUCACCUGGCCAUUGCCCUCGCCCCAGCCAUCGCCUCGCUCUCCCGUCUAGGUCUCAGCCGUGCCCUUCUCGACCGCAUCACUGCGGUACUCGCGUGGGGAUGCUGGCUCGGCGCUGUAUUACUAUCCGCCCUGCCCCCAGCGGGUCACGCUGACUGGCGUGGUAAGGUCACUUUUGCGCUGGUGUUUGCGCCGCUUGGCUGCCUAGCACGCUUCUUCCUCAGCUUGCAGCUCAAUGGUCGCAUCCCUUCGUUCCCGCUCGGAACGUUUACCGUCAACAUGGCAGGCACAGCCGUGUUAGCCAUGUCCUGGGCGCUCGCACACUCCAACGUGGCUGCGUCCGUGGUGGUGGGGUGUCAAGUGCUGACGGGCGUGCAGGAUGGCUUUUGCGGGUGCUUGACGACUGUGUCGACGUGGGUGGCCGAGUUGGCUGCUUUGAGGCGGAGACAUGCAUAUAUGUAUGGGGGCGCUAGCGUGCUAGGUGGGCUGGCCGUGGCCGUGGCCGUAAUGGGAGGGUUACGAUGGAGUGGAGGGUAUGAAGGGGGGGCUUGUAAAGUUUCUGCCGAUGUCUUCGGCCGGUACUGCCGGGCGCGUGGCAUCCCGACCAUCUACGUGUGCGGGUCGGACCAGUACGGCACGGCGACAGAGACCAAGGCUCUGUCGGAGGGAGUGACGCCCGAGGAGCUGUGCGCCAAGUACCACGCAAUCCACAAGGACAUCUACGACUGGUUCCGCCUUCAGUUCGACAUCUUUGGCCGCACCCCGACGGACGAGCACACCGCCAUCGUCCAGGACAUUUUCAUCCGUCUGUGGAAUAACGGCUACAUCGAGCAGCGCGAGACGACGCAGGCGUACUGCCCGACCCACGACUCGUUCUUGGCCGACCGUUAUGUUGAAGGGGAGUGCAGUCUGUGCCAUGAUAAGGGUGCCCGUGGCGAUCAGUGUGAUGCCUGUGGCAGCCUUCUGGACCCCCUCGAGCCGGAUAGGGACGCCUCGGGCGAACAGGAGAGCAAGGCGACUGGCUGGCUGAUCAACCCGCGCUGCAAACUCGACGGGACCGCCCCCGAACGACGCCAAACAAAGCAUCUCUACCUUCGUCUUGACGCUCUUCAGGGUGAGGUCGAUGAGUGGCUGAAGACUGUCGAGAAAGGAUGGAGUGCCAACUGUGUGGCCAUCACCCGCUCGUGGUUGGAUCAGGGCUUGAAGCCCCGUGGUAUUACAAGAGACCUCAAAUGGGGUGUGCCAAUCCCAACUGGCCUUAAGGGUCUCUCUGAUGAAGAUUACGCCAAGAAGGUGUUUUACGUCUGCUUCCACACCAUUAUCUUCCCUGCGUCCCAGAUCGGGACAAAGGAGAACUGGACCAAGAUUAAGACCGUCUCUACGUGCGAGUACCUCAACUACGAGGGCGGCAAGUUUAGCAAAUCCAAGGGUGUCGGCGUUUUCGGCACGAAUGCGCGUGAUACCGGUGUCGAUGCUGACAUCUGGCGGUACUACCUCGUUUCGAGGCGGCCGGAGACGAGUGACUCGGAGUUCAAGUGGGAGGAAUUUGUUGAUGCCAACAACAACGACCUGCUCAAGAACCUGGGCAACUUGUGCCAGCGCAUUAUCAAGUUCAACCAGGCUAAGUUGGAUGGUGUCGUGCCUGAGUAUGACCUUUCAAAGUUCCCCGCCCUCCAGAAACACAAGGAAGAUGUGGACAAGCUCCUUCAAGAAUACAAUGCUACUCUCAAGGCUGUGAAGCUGAGGGGUGGUUUGUCUCUCGUCAUGAGCAUCUCCGCGCUUGGAAACAAGUUGCUCCAAGAUAACGGACUCAGCAACCAGCUGAUCGCCGAGGAGCCUGAGCGUUGCCGUGCCGUCAUCGGCCUCGCCCUCAACCACAUUUACCUCGUCGCCAACAUCCUCUCGCCCUACAUGCCCGAAAAGUCCCAAUCCAUCCUCCGCCAACUAGGCAUCAAGCCCGCCCCUGGCCAGGACCAAAUCACCGCCGUCAUCCCCGACACCUGGACCGCCGAUGCCCUCAAGCCGGGUCACACCAUCGGUGAGCCGGAGCUGCUGUUUAGCAACAUCCCCGCGGCCAAGAUCGAAGAGUGGCGCGACGCAUUCGGCGGUGAGGAGCUGCGCAGACAAAAGGAGGCCGAGGCUGAGAAGGCUGCGGCUAAGAAGGCGGCGCGGGAGAAGGAGAAGGAGAAGAAGAAGGCUAAGAAGGCUGCGCAGGCGGCUGCUGAGGCUGACGGUUCGGCGAAGCCGGUGGAGGCUGCGAAGGGCCCGACGACGACGCUGCCGAUUCGCUCGGCGGGGAAGACGCUGGCUGUUGAACCUCCCGCGAAGGAAUGA